AUGGCGUGGGAUCAUCUGGACAUCGACAAGCCGCAUCUGGCGUAUAUGAUUCUUGGUGGCUUCACGGGCCUGUUCAUGCUGUGCUCGCUGUUCGUCAAGGAGAAGCUGUACAUCGGCGAGGCCACUGUAGCCACCCUCUGUGGCAUCAUCUUCGGGCCCCAUGCGGCCAACUUAUUCAAUCCCCACGAAUGGGGGAAUAUCGACAAGAUCACGCUCGAGUGCUCGCGCAUCGUCCUGGUCGUGCAAUGUUUCGCCGUCGGCGUCGAGCUGCCCAAGGCGUAUAUGGAACGCCACUGGAAGUCCGUGGCCCUGCUGCUGAUCCCGGUCAUGACCUGGGGCUGGCUGAUCACGAGUCUAUUUAUCUGGUGGAUGGUGCCACCGCUGAACUGGCUGGAGAGUCUGGUGUGCGCCGCGUGUGUCACCGCCACUGACCCCGUUCUGGCUUCGUCCGUCGUCGGUAAGGGCAAGUUCGCUAAGCGAGUCCCCAAGCACUUGCGUGAUGUCUUGUCCGCCGAGUCCGGCUGUAACGACGGCAUGGCCUUCCCGUUCAUCUACCUGUCGUUUUACAUUUUGCAUUUCAGACCUAAUGUCGGAGACGUGUGGCUGAACUGGUUCUGCAUCACCAUUCUUUAUGAGUGCGUGUUCGGCGCUAUUUUCGGUUUCAUCAUCGGGUACGCUGGCCGCCAUGCUAUCAAAUUUGCCGAGCGCAAGGGCCUGAUCGAUCGAGAGAGUUUCCUGGUCUUCUACUUCGUCCUGGCCGUUUUCUGUGCGGGAGCCGGCAGUCUGUUGGGUAUGGACGAUCUACUGAUCGGCUUCUCAUGCGGUGUCGGAUUCAGUAACGACGGUUGGUUCACAGAGAAAACCGAAGAAGCACAUGUGUCCAACGUCAUUGACCUGCUUCUCAACUUGGCCUACUUCGUCUACUUUGGGUCCAUCAUUCCCUGGGAAGACUUCAACGCCCCCGACCUGGGUUUGGUUCCCUGGAGACUGGUGGUCAUUGCACUAUUGGUGAUCUUCUUCCGUCGCAUACCUAUCAUGUUACUCCUAAAACCAAUCAUACCAGACGUCAAAACCUGGCGUGAAGCUCUCUUCGCCGGCCACUUUGGUCCGAUCGGUGUCGGUGCCAUCUUCGCUGCGAUUCUCGCCCGCGCUGAGCUCGAAAACGACAACACACAACCUUCAGCUGAGAGCGAUCUCCCUCAUCCGGGGGGCCAUAACUACUACAUCAUAAAACUUAUCUGGCCCAUCACGACGUUUAUGGUUAUAUCAUCGAUUCUGGUUCACGGUUCAUCCAUCGCCGUUUUUACCCUGGGCAAGCGCAUCAACACCAUGACCAUCACGCUGUCCUACACCACCGCCAACGAGGAGGGUCCUUCUUGGAUGAACCGUCUGCCGCGUGUGCAGUCCAUCGCCAAGGGAUCCAUGUCCUUCCGUAAGACGGAUGAACUUGAAGAGUCAUCUGAAGAAAAGCUGCCCGAAUAUCCUCCUGGAACGCUGCCGCCCAUUGGAAUGCCCGGAAACUUCCUCCGACGGGUUCGCGAAGAAGAUAGCGAGACGCCAACUCCCCCGGCACCAGGCCGGAAGCCUUUGCGCAGAAGGCGCCGCAAGCGCGAUGCAGCUGCUGGAGGUCCAAUCAGCCAGUCUGCUAUUGCGCCACGACGUCGGGACGAAGAAAAGACUGAGUCGACGUCUGAGCUGGAGGAGCGAGACCAUGUUGAACGUGGAAGCUCCCCGCCGACUACUGAGCGCGAUCGCUAUGGCCGUGAGCCUCAGCUGGAGGUUUACCAGGAAGGGCAUAACAUGGUCAUUGAGGAUGAGGAGGGCAAUGUGCUCAAGACCGAGAACACCAGCCACCUGUCCCCAGAAGAGCAACAGCGGCACAUCGAAGAACAGCAGAAGCGCCUGCAGCAGGACCGAUCAGGCGAACUGUCCAAGUCUCGGAACCAGCCCCACGACAAGACCGAAGGAGAAAAGAUCCAAGAUGCUGUAGGCGAGAAGACUGGCCACCCGUACCAGAAGGCUCUCCGAAAGUGGGCCCAAUGGACUGGGCUUGGAAAGGACCGAGCACAGGAGAAGGAGACGGAGAAAUCCGAGGCCGAAGAGGUGGGGACGGAGGCGGAGGAGAAGCCAAAGCCUACGCCGAAGCAAAAGGCCCGUUCCGCCCAUGCGUACCAGUUUGGCAACACCAUUAUUGUUGAGGAUGAAGAUGGUGAGGUGCUCAAGAAGUACACUAUUCCUGCUGGCGACAAAACCGAAGAUGAGGCCGGGCCUUCGAAGGCACCUGUGCGUCGUGGUUUAACCCGCAUGGGCACGUGGUUCGGCAUGGAAGAGGAAGGCGAAACGUCGCAAGCAGCUGGGGCCGGACAGAAGAAGAAGCCAACGCCCAGGGCCAAGGAAGAGUGGGCCGCGGAUGACGGUCUGCGGUUUACCGUCGCACAGAACCCGGACGUCAGCGCUCAAGGCAUUGGCCACAAGGGCCGACGUAUGAACAAGCACGAAUUCUUCCAGCAGAUCAAGGGCAUGGACGCCAAGGCCCGCCGUGACCUGGUCCAGGAAACCGACGCCCCGGCUCCCAUUAAGCAAGUCGCGCAGAAAGAAGCCAAGAAGGAAGAAAAGAGUGACCGCCGCGCCUCUGACCCUGCAGCCUCGGGCGCCGCCAUCCCCGAGAACCACGCCGAAGAACUCGAGUCCGAGUCCGUCACAGACAGCGAAGCAAGCGAAGAGGAAAUCUCGCAUGACCGCCGUGGUGACCGUCGCGACGACCGCCCCAACGUGGCUGCAUCGCUGGCCAAGUUCACGCGUGGCACCUCUGCCCAGGAACGCCGCAGCAACCUCAGCCCUGCUCCUCCUCGCACCCGUGACCGCGCCCGCCGUGACUCCGACGACGAUGGCACGGAACGGAUCCCGCCCUCGCGUCUCCGACAAGCUGCAGGUCUUACUGCCCCGCCACGCCAGGCCGACGAUGACACCGGCGAGACCCCCGCCGAGCGGCGUCGUCGUCUGGCUGCUCUGGGCAAGGACGAUGACUCGGAUUCAGACGAUGGUGAUGGCGACGACGAUGAUGAUGAUGCCGCCAUUGAAGACUCCGACAGCGAGGACAACGGUGAGCCGCGCCAGGUGCCCGGCAAGGUGCAGUUCGCCGACGAAAUCACCCCAGCCGACCAGCCCAACCCUCCAGCCGCUGAGCAAUCCUCACCGUCCGGCUCUGGUUCGGGCUCAGGCUCUGGAUCUGGCUCGCGUCGCCACCGUCCCACCGUCUCCUGGGGAGGCGAAACGGGCCGUUGA